AUGCGCCGCACCGAUCUGCCCUCGGCGCCCCAGAGUACCGGAAGCGGCACGGCAGUCGUACAGAGUGACGACACUGUUGCAGCGGUGUUUCCAGAUGAUCCCGCCACCGCCGCCGCCCCAGUAACACCAGCAGCAGCAGCAGCAGCAGCAGACAUGCCCGUGGUAUCUCCCUCGUCCUCUAUUCUCUAUACACUCUUGCAGGACCUCGGGCUGACGGCGACGGCGCAAGCCCUGUGUGAGGAACUCCAGCGGCAGCAGUCACGCGCCGUAACACUAUCACCGCCCUCCGCCCCCUCCCUUCCGUCGCAGGCGAGCGAAGUCUUUGUCGCCCUGUCCCACGGCAACGGCGCGACAUCCCCCAACUCCCUUGGUGCGUCGCUGUUACCACCGCACACAGCAGAUGUAUCUCCCACACUGAAGACGCAAGCCCCGGCAUCCGCCUCCGUAGAACCUCUGCCAGCCACUGUGGCAAUGUCGUCCACGGCGACGGCUGCACAACAUGCGAAUCGCGUGGCAGCCAGCUCGAACCGCACCCCUGACGUCAGCGUGGAACUUCAGCGCAAGGCGCAGUCGUACUGUCACGUCUCCCAGUGCACACAGGCGAUCGCAAGUCUUGCGGCCUGUGCAGCCGAGCCCCUUCUGGGUCUGUCGCCCGCUCUUCCUUCCUCUCAUCCCUCCGCCUCCGCGGCCACUAUCGCUACACCGUUGCAGCUUGUGGACACACUGACAACUCUAUGGCGCGCUGAACUGCGCGCCGCUCUCCCGCAUCGCGCAGCCUCCGGGAUGGCCGUGGCAGCCGGGGCGCAAAGCCACCGAGAUGGCGUCUUCCAAGUAGCCGCUCUCAUAGCACAUGCGGCAUGGUGUGAACUGCGCAUUACGGAGCUUGUCUUCAUGCAAGAGUUGCAUCUCGCCCACACCUCCGCCGCGGCGACUGUUCCGUCGGCGGCAGCGCAGCCACUGCAGGAGGCCCAACGUGAACUUGUGGAGGUUUCUGGUCAGCUAGUGACGGCGUUGCAGGAACUACGCGCCACAUGCGGCGCUGCCAUAGCGCGGCAGCGUGGUGUGUCUGCUCCUCCAUCUGGCGCCUCAGACGCCUCUCCCACCCAGGUGGGUGUCGUGAUCGCCUCCUCGAUACUAUCCCGUCUGCACAGCAAGUCCAUUGGUUGGCUGCGCAACGCGGAGUGUGUCAUGGCGUGGGUGCUGCGUCGCCAUGGCGCCUUUGAGCCAUCGGCAGAUACCGCGCAAGCGUCGAGUGUGCAGCAGCAGCAGCAGCAGCGCAAGCGAAGGUGUCUCGAGGCGCACUCGACAGCGGCAUCUGCUGAGCGCUCGCCCGACCCUGCGUGCAACAGCGUCGCUUCGCCAAUUCUGCAACCUCUACAGGAUAUCAUCCUGGGUCUCUCUACUGCCACCUCAGCGCCUGCGCCGUCCUACCAGCAGUGCCUCGAUGCUGAGAUUGCGCGGUCGGCAGCGGCGCAGGCGAAGAGCGGAGUGGCGCGACAGACGGAGCCGACGCCGGCGGUGGUUGCCCGCGAUGCGUGCGGACUCUUCUCUUCCAUUCGCAUCCCAAUCACCGUGCGGGUGGCGAUGACGGUGCAGCGCGUGAAGCUGCUGCACACCUUAGUUGGUGCGCUUGUGUACAACGGCGACGACUCCAUCCUCUGCACGUUGGUGGUCUUUGCCGCAGAUCGGAUCCGCCCUUGGUGGACUCGCCAGAGUGCGAUGUUGGCGCAGUUCCUGGUCCAGUGUGCGCACCAGCUCAGUAGCAUUUUGACGUCGUUUCUCGUGCAAUCGCCUGCUGGUGUGCAGACCACUCCGCCGCAGCGGCUGCGACUCCUGUCUGCCGCGUCCGAGACGGUCGUGCUUUCCCUGCGAGAGCAGCUGGAGGCGCUGGCAAAAGAGGUGCUGCUCUGUGCAUGCCCAGUCACGAGCCACGCAACGCCAGUGCCGCAGGACAGCGGACUUACUCUUUUUGUGCGCUUGAUGAACGCUCUCCAGCAGGCACACGAUGCUCGCACGGCACGCCUGGAUCGGUAUGUGCUGAAAACAUGCACCGCCGCAGCAGCGAACCCCGCGAUGUCAGCCAACUCGCCCUUCUCUGUAGCUGCCGACCUUGUCUUCAGACCUCUCUCCAGCGCCAGCAGCCCAACGUUUGGCAGCGACGGCUCGCCCAUCACCUCCCCUGUGUGGACUGUGCGCGUACCAAGUCCGCCAGGCUUGGAUCUGCGCGGGGCAGCCGAGCCGCCAGCGUCCUCGACGCUGGUUCACCAGAGCAGCAUUACCAGCGACACUAGCAGCACGUUCGACUCGAUGGAGGCCGCUCGAAAUGCGGCUCAAGUCCUCCAGUGGAAGCCCCACUUCAUCCAGCUCCUCGCCACCAUUGCCACGGGACGCUGGCAGGCACAGCAUGAUGCGCCGCCGGCGCCCUACCCCGGCUCCCACUACCACCGUUUGCGCCUCCGUAUAAAGGAUGCCCUGCGGCACGCGCAAGAGCUGCUGCGGCUGCAGCCGCGCCUUCAGGUUGGCGCGCGCGGUGUCGUGUAUCCACCCCACCCGACCGUCGGCAGCAACCCCGACGCCAGCGUCCCGCUCUCAGUGGUGGAGCAGAUGCCGCGCAUGCUGCAACUGGCCACGCUGCAAGACGCACGUGUACUGCAGCGCCGCUUGGAACGUCGACUGGCUCGAGAGACAAGGUAUGACGGGCGCAAUGCAGCACCCACAGAGACUAGCACAAGCGGAGGGAGUAGCGGUGAUGCAGCAGUGGCUCCAGCGGCGUCGUCGACGCGUCGGCGUGGUGUGACACCUCCGUCAGUCUCACAGCCACGGGCGACUGGGCUCAAGAUCAACGUUAGCAGAAGCGAAUAUCGCAGCGCCACUUCCGCAUUGGCCGCAGCCACCUCGACGGCGCUCCGGCGCCCCCACAUCGCCGCAGAGGCGGAGGAGCCCGUGGCGACACAUCGACUCGCGUCCGGGAACGAAGGGCGCGUCGCCACGUCUGCCAGCGCGAGGCCACUAGAAGGGCAGAGAGCCACCAGUGUGCGUGGCCCUGGGGCGUCUACCUCGCCGACCCCUGAGCCAGCCGCCGUGGAGGAGGAGCGCGAGUCAUCACCGCGACUGCCAGGGCUGUCGGAAGUGGUGACCAGUGGUAAUGAGACCAGUAGUAGCUCCGACGAGGAGGCGGGCUCUUCUGCCUCUGACGUCGCGGGUGCCGCCGUGGCCACCUCGCCCGAGCCGCGGUGGGCGAAUGAUGACGAGGAGCAGGACGAGGAGGAAGAUACGGAAGAGGGUCCGCAGCUUGGCCGCUGGCACUUGCGCGACGAGGAGGCACAAGACGAGCUCGAAGAGGUCGACGAGGAAGCAGCUGUCGUCCUCGACGAUGACGGUGACAUCGACUGGGCGCAGAGCGAAGGACACAACGAGGAAGACGAGGAGGAGGAGGACGCGGAAGAGGUCGGGUCCCAGGCGUCCUCCGCCGACAUGGACUAUGAUCGUGCCGAGGAUGACAUGAAAGAGGAGGUGGAGUGCGUCGAGGCGACGCCGGAUGGGCGGCUGCUCGCACUGCUCACUGCGCGUGGCCGGCUCAUGGUGCUCCGGCUGCAGGCCCACGACUCGACGAGGCACUACGAAGAGGAAGUGCUUAUCGACGCAAGCCUCCCAAACAUGCCAUCGCGUGAGAAGCGGCUGCAGUGGUACGAGUCACUAAGCUCCUUCGUGCACUUCUCUCCGUGCCACCGCUUCGUCCUCGCCGCCGUGCAGUUCGCCGCGGUGGAGCUGAAACCGAACUCGACCUGUGCGAUGGCCCGUGUGCAGAAUGAAGGCGCUGGGCAGCUCAGCAUCUACUCGCUCCAUCGUGAACACGACGACGGCGAUGAGGCCGGCAACGACAGCCGUGGUGAUCUUGAGCAGGAGGGCCAGAGCAGUGUGCCGACGCCAAUCAGUGAUAUCCGCGAGCGCCUUCAUCACCUGGUUGGGCCCGCCACCGACCGGCUCUACGCGACCUUCCGUCCCCACGACGGGCCCUGUCUGUCGGCGCGCUGGGUGGACACGCGCUGGUGGGGAGGAGGUCGCCGCAGCCGGUGGGCCAACAGCGCCGUUGAGCCGCUCAACAGCACAAAUGCGGCAGCAACGGUGCUGAUGCAGUCCAUUAAGACGGGCGAGGUGGCAGGGAAGAGCGUCGGCGUCCUCCCGUCUGCCAAGGGCGCGAGUUCGGAGCAAAGGGCGGUACCGAAGAGCUGGCGUGCAGCAGCUGGCGUGCUGCUGAGCGAGUAUCAGUGCGUCUCCGUCGGCAUGGACGACCUCAUUCUACGCUGGCUGCCGGCCUGCGGGGUGGUGUUGCAGCGCGUUUUAACGGAGCCCGUGCAGGACAUCAUCGUAUCACCGCUCAUGGCCGCCUUCUACGUGGCAAGCGACCGCGGCGACCUCUACAUGUACGACGCGUGGGAUGAACGCAACGUCACGGACGGCCACCCCUGCAGCGCCGGCGAGGAUGCGGAUCCGUGCAACAUGUACAGCAAGAGCCUGAGCACCGUGCAGACCCACCGCCUUGUCCUUCCCGUUACGGAGGAGGGCCACCCGCGCUUUCAUCGUGUCGGCCGCACGCUGCAGCACCAUCAGCCGUACGGCUACUCGUCGGUUUCGGCAUCACCGCACUCACGACCCUCACAGCAGCCACAGCAGCAAGACCGGUCCCUGCAUCAUGACACGCUUGACGACUCUGGUAUCAUUGACCAAGUGCACUCCAGCCGCUCCUCUGCACACUACACAGGUCCCGUGACGCCGGUGUUCCAGCGAGUGGUGGACCCGUCGAGGGGGGCAUCAGGAUUGCACCAGCACGCCCCUUUCUACUCUCUCCAUCCCCCCUACAGCGGCAGCACCGCGGCAGCACAGGAUGGCUUCGACGACGACAACGGCGCACAGGGCGAUGAGGCCUCACCGUCUCGCCUUGCAGGAAGGUCAGCACAGGGCAGCAGUCAGCGCAGAAGCGACGGGCAGGCGAAGACAGGCACCAACAGCGUCGGAUGGACAGGACUUCCUCGGCACUUGCGCUGGCUGCUGCCGCAUCAUUGGGCGUCGCACACGCCGUGGGAUGCGCAGCUGGGGCGCCGGCUCAUACGGAACCUGCUGCGGCAGACGCACACCGCCACUUCCACUGACACUGGUGAGCUGUUCUACGAACGCGACGAGGAGACGGCGGGCGUCGCGGCGGCUUUGGCGGUGGCAGGUGCUGAAAGCGACCAACCCUCGCUGACAGACGAGCAAGAGAGCCCUGGCGGCGCGCAUCGUGGUCGCCGCCGCGGGCACCUGCACCGCACAAGCGGAGACGCGGAGGGCGGCGUGCAUGACACAGAGGAGGCAGCGUACGGCAGUGACGGCGGCCAACAAGAAGCUUCCUCCAAUGACGAGAACAGCAGUCGUGGCAGUGAAGAGCGGGAGUAUGUUUACACGGCCGGUGCCGACUACGACGACGACGACGAUGGCGCUCGCCGUCCGCUGCCGUCGCACGUAAUUUACGGGGGUGGUAGCAGCCACAUCGCAAGCGAAGCCACCGCCGCCGCUGCGGCGGCGGCGAAAGGGACACCAGUGUCCGUGCUUGAGUGCGCUGCGCACCCGACGCCCGCGCGUGGACCGCUUCAGCGCGCGUACUACCCCAGCGGCGCCUGCCUCGUGUAUGCGAGCGUCGCCAAGGCUCUCUGCAACGCCGGCGACCUCACGGAUCGACAGACUCAGAACGAGAUGGGACCUGGUGGGCCGACACACCAUCUGCUCUCCAUGGCCUUCUCUGGCGAGCCGCAGUGGAUGUCAGAGCAACGACUGUGGGACCGUGAGGCGGAGGAAGCGGGGGCAGCGCAGACGUGGCAGCGCACCCCCCACCGAAGCAGCGCAGCGGCCGACUACGACUACGGCGACGCACACGACAGGUCAAAGCUGCAGCAGCGGGACGGCGACGCUGGCGCCGACUCCUUCAACAGGCCGUCCGCGCCACUCACGUUGUGGUCAACAGCGGCAUUGGCUCGCGUGCUCCUGUGGAAGGACUACUUCAGCUCCUCUCACCACCUCGCCGGACCAAAGGCGGAAACGUGGGCGGUGUGGGAAUCCGACGUCCUUGCCACCACGUAUCACGCGGACUUGUUGCCGCCGUUGCACACUCGCCACGCAGGGAGCUCGAGAGAGCCGCGCUGGUCAGCGGCAGAGUUGCUCGCUGCACGCGGAUAUCUCGGCCCUCGUGACGCGUGGCGCCGCUGCGCGCCUGCAUCACAGCGCGGCUUGGCCGCCACCGCCCGCAACGGCCGGUACCUCUGCAUCAUGGCCUCCGUCGGUCCGUACCGCAAGCUGGUGAACCCGCGCGAGCCGCUGCGCGAUAUGGCUGGCUUUUACGCGUGCGUUGUCUUCGACGUCUACGCUGGAGCCGUGCUGCGCGUCAUUCCGGUGUGUCCGACAGAGCUCAGCGGGCUGCGCGGGCGGUGCAUGUGGACGUCGGAGCGGCACGAGAGCGACCCCAAGGCACCGAUUUAUCGUCUGCCGUGCAGUGUAACGGUGGUGCCGCUGCCUGCCUCAUCCGCAGCAACGGCAGCUGCAGGGAAGGGCGCGAGUCAGUCCUCGACGGCGAGAGCGUGCGUGGGUGCGAGCGGGUCACCAACGGGGCUGCCGUCAUGCUCCUGCUUGACAGCAGCCCCGUGUGACGAGGGCGUCGUUGGCGACGAGGAAGACGGCGAGCCGGCGGAAGUGGUCAUGCUCACGGUUGGUGGCCUCGGCAGCUGCGUCUAUGUUUUCGACGCCCUUAGCGGUCGGCGUCUCGUUUGCGAGACGGAAGUGGCGCGCCACUGUGGCGAAUCUGCCGCGGCCGCAUAUGAGGCAACCGCACGGGCGGCGAAAGCGCGGGCGAAAGCCCGGGGCGCGCGAUCAGAGAGCGUGAGGUCCGGCUCUAUCCCUGUGAUGCCUCGCGUGCCGGCGACUUCGGCGGCCGCGCCAACUGGCCCUUCGGCGCCACCGCCGCUCUCCACCGCCUUCACCUCUCAGAUUCUCCCUGCAUCGAUUCGAAAGCCGGCGGACGUGCUUGCCUCGGUCGCGGCGUGGGGUCGUGGCACCGGUUUCGAUGGCAUCACAGACCGUUCAUCCUCUACCACAUCCAGCCCAAGCCCGUCACCGAUACGCGGGAUAGACGGCGGCAUGGGCGAAGACAACUCCAUCGAUGUGCAGCCAGCCCAUUCCUCCCCCGAAGCACAGGUAGCAGCCGCAACUUUAGCAGUGUCCGAGGCGGUCGCCCAAACCGGCGCGCCAGUGCCGUGGCUGCUACAGGGCACCACCUUCUCGCAACUCAGUGGAUGGCAUCUGCGUGGCAUUCUCUGGUGGGUCCACGAACACCCGCAGCCCUCCACGCUCUACGGCGGCGGGGCGGGGGUCGAGCAGGAUGCGAGUUGGAACCUGGGCAGCGCCUCAUGGGGCGAAGCGGGCACGCGUGCUAAUGGUGGUGGCAUGAACAGCAACGGCAGCACCCGUGCCGCGGGCGCACCCUCGCGAGGCGCCGCGGCGAACGGAGGCGCUUCCAACAACAUCGCAGCCUCAUCAUUAUCGUCGGCCUCACAUAUAUCGGCGGCGAGCUCUGUGUUGUCCUUCUUUUACCAAACGCUGCUUGGUGCGUCAUGCAUGACGGGCAGCGGUGCAACGCCCCAACACACGGACCCGUAUGCCACGUCAUCUCAGCCGCAUUCUCGACAGCAGCACGUGGCCGGGUCGUCGUCCUUGGCCCUCAGCGUGGCAUAUCCCUCCUACGGCUCCGUGUGGCGACAGCGGCGCCGCCGCCUGCUCGAGCGGCUGCUGCGCCACUACGACGUAGGAAUGCUCUGGCAGGCGUAUGUCACACUCUUUAGUGCGUCGACGACAGCGACAAGCUCACUGGCGCCGCAGUCGGCGGUCUGCGCGCUCGUGCAGUGGGCGCUGUCGACAGACAAGGCGGCCACAACCGCCGCUGCUUUGCUAGGGCCGUCUGACAGCCACACCCGGUGGAUCUGGUGCCUAACCCAUGAUUCCCGGGCAGGCUGCAAGGGUCCCUCCGCGCCAUCGAAGCAGCUGCGCUUGUCCGGAAACACAGGAAAGUGCGCGACGACGCGCAGCCGCGACGUCGAGCAUGUUGAGGUGGGCGGCGGAGGCGCCAGCGGGGGUGCGGGUGACCGCAACACUGUGCCAUUCGCGCAUAUUCUCCAACAGCGUGAAGACUUCAUGGUUGAGCUGCAGGCGCUGGAUACGCAGCAGCAGCAGCAGCAGCAGGCAACGGCGGGUGCGGUAGCAGCAGCGUCGCCGGCGCGGUCAAUUGCCAACGGCCACGCGAAAUCGCUCCUCUCCGGGGUGCGUGCCCAAGCCAUGGCGGAGGGCAUGCUCCCCGCCACGGCUAAGGGACGUAGCGCGCAACAGCAGCAACGAUCCGCCGCAGCGGCUCGGGAGUUGUCAUCAUCUGCAGCGAUCAAGCUGCCGCCCUCGCACCACCAAAACCAGCUGCGCGUAGAUGUUGUCAACUGCGUAGCAUCAUGGUUCGACGCCAACGGCGGCUUUUAUGUUUGCUGCGGCUCUGAGGAUGGAGGACUGUACAUCAUGGGCGGUCACGUAGUGGAUUAG